UGACACUGCCUGACCCACAUUUAACAACACUUUAAAUCAUUGGUGUUCGUGAGCACUAAUCGCAAGGCGGUAUUUAGCCAAUCAUCUGACGUCACUCCCCCGCCCUCUAUACUGACACCUAACAUGACCAAUAGCAACGCUCUAGUUUACGACUAUCGCUUUACAAUUGGCUAACAGCGCACCAUCGCGCCCUCCCCCAGUUCUCAGAAUGGCGGAGACUCCGUAUAAAUGAUCUACCUGACAGGCGACAGGCUGGAGUGAAGUACGUCGGUCGGAGAGGGGGCAGGGAUACGCGUAGAAUCCCCUCGGACGGCAGUGGUUUCAACGGGAAAAAAAGGUUGAGCAAACAUUCCCUCUGCCAUUUUGACAGUCUCUUAAUAUUUGUCAAAAAUUAAGACAGAUAUGCAGCUUGAAAUUCAAGUAGCAUUAAAUUUUAUAAUUUCAUAUCUGUAUAACAAACUGCCACGGAGACGAGUCAAUAUAUUUGGAGAAGAGCUGGAAAGAUUAUUGAAGAGAAAAUAUGAAGGCCACUGGUAUCCUGAUAGACCUUAUAAAGGAUCAGGAUAUAGGUGCAUACAUGUAGGAGAAAAGGUUGAGCCUGUCAUUGAGCAAGCAGCCAAUGAGAGUGGUUUGGACAUCGAUGAUAUCCGCAGGAACCUUCCUCAGGACCUAAAUGUAUGGAUUGAUCCUUCAGAAGUCUCCUACCAGAUUGGCGAGAAGGGACAAGUAAAAGUACUCUAUGUUGAUGACAACAAUGAGAAUGGAUCAGAACUGGAUAAAGAAAUUAAGAACAGUUUUAAUCCAGAAGCCCAAGCAUUUUUGCCAAUUACUGACCAAUCUUCUCCUGUAUCCAGCUCUCCAUCGCCUCCUUUUGGUGACUCUGCUGCAGUAAGUCCAACAUUUAUGCCUAGAGCUACUCAGCCUUUAACCUUUACAACUGCCACUUUUGCUGCCACCAAGUUUGGCUCUACCAAAAUGAAGAGCAACACCCGUAACAAGAUAGCAAGAUCCUCACCAACACAGUUCAACUUCAAUGUCAAUAACUUGUUAAAGCAGAGCAGUAUGUCGUCCUCCAUGCACUCUUUGUAUGGCCUUGGCCUUACUAAUCUCCAGCAGAAGACUUCUGCCCUCUCUCCAAAUGCUAAGGAAUUUAUCUUCCCUGGUGUACAAGAUGAAGAAAGGCCUGACAAUGCUCUAAGCCUUGGCCCUCUACCAUACAGUAAUGCCUUUGACAUGUUUUCUGCUUAUGGUGGUCUCAAUGAGAAAUCGCUGGUGGAUGGGUUAAGCUUUAGCCUGAACAAUGUGCAGUAUACUAACCAGCAAUUCCAGCCGGUUAUGGCUAACUAACCGGUAAUAGAACUGCUUAUAUAUCCAAAGUAUUGUACAAGCUGCAUGAACCCAAGGUGAUGAUUUUAUUCCUUAUUUCCUCAGCUUGUAGCCCUCAUACAUUCAAGGUUGGUUGCAUAAGCACAUACAGCUCUUUAUUUUAUUUUUUCAGAUAAGUGCAAACCUACUUUGUGUUCACUACAUUUUUUAAGGAAUAUUGCCUCUUACAGUAUUUAGAAGCUAAUUAUUUUUUUCUAAAUUGAAACCAUUGGUAUGUAUAAAGUAUGCACACAAAGCUUGGAUUACCCCGCUCACCUACAUGUUUGGGAGGUGGAUGUGUGAAAUUAUAUUGUUAAAUGUAUAAAAGGGGAUUAACUUUUCCAACUCUGUAUGUGUUUUAUAUAUAUAUAUAAAUAUAUUUACAUUAUACAUUUCAAGAUUUUUACGGAUCUGUGAUUCUUUCAGCAGCUUUAUGUAGAAUUUUUUUUUUUUUUUUCCAUCUGGAAACUGUAAAGUUCUUGAAACACCAGUUGUUCAAAAAGUUUAUCAGAUUAUUCCUCACUGUACCUUAUAAUAUAGAGGGAUAACUGUAAUUUCAGAGUUGUAUUUUCUGUUACAAAUAAGAUUUUUGCUAUAUAAGAUGGAGAUAUGUAAUUGUAACUUUUGUAUCUAAAUUGUGCAAUACUUGAUAAAAGAAAUGUUAAAGUAUAAAGUCAGUGUCUUACAUGUUAAGAGCUGAAAUAGUUUAUAUUUAGUUUGUAUUAAAAACCUUUUUUUAAAUUAAA